AUGGGAGCAUCUACUAACAUCAUUUUACUAACACUUUUAGUGGUAUCUUUACAUACAAAUGCUGGUAUUUUUAAAAAAGAUGUUGAGUCUGUUGUUGUUGAAAAGAAAGUAGAUAACGGUGACAUCUUUAAUACUGUAUUAGAUGAUAGUGCUGCUGAAUCGAAAAGAAUUAGUGAAAGAUCAACUGAAACAGUAUUUGUACCAGUUGAAUUUAUAGAGGGGCAUGGAGAAGCGACCAUAGAUCAACCUGAUGCUAUAAGACCGUGUAAAUGUAUUUGUAGAAAAGAAGAGUUUUUUGAUGGAUCUGUUACAACAAUGAAAACUACUACUUCUUCUCCACAAUCUGAAAUGAGUAAGUUAUGUGAGUGUACAUGUGACAACGAAGAACAAUUUGAUCAAUUCAAAACUACAACUACACCUGAACCUUCUCCAAGAAAACCAUGCAAAUGUGUAUGUGAGGAAGAGGUAUUAUUUGAUGAACCUACAACUACAACAACAACUGUUCAACCAAUUAGAAGGAAAUUAUGCAAAUGCUCUUGUUAUGAAGAAGAGUCAUUUGACAUACCAGAAACUACAACAACUACUACCACUACUACUACUACUACCACAACUACAACUACAACUCAGGCUCCUAUGAUGAAACCAUGUAGAUGUAUAUGCGAAAAGGAGUUGUAUUUUGCCGAACCAACAACAACUACUACCACUGCACCUGUUACAAGGAAAUUCUGUAGAUGCUCAUGUGAUGAAGGAGAUUCGUUCGACAUUCCAUCGUCUACCAUACCUACGACAACUACCACCGAAGCCUUCAAAGGAAGACCAUGUCAAUGUAUUUGUGAAAGUGAGGGGUCUUUUGACGUUCCUCAAACAACUACUAUUUUCACAACUACUACAACUAAAGCUAGCAAAAGAAAGUCGUGUAGGUGUAUGUGUGAUAGAGAAGAAGUAUUCAUUGAGGCAACAUCAUCGACACUAUUCUCUGAUACCCCUGAUUCCCAUAAAGGUGUGGUCUUCGACUCUUCAUCGGGAGGACGUCAAUGCAUAAAUGAUAUGAAAUGUUAUUCUAAUGAUGACUGUUACAAUGGUAGUUGUUUUGGAGCAUUUAUUGGUACUUGUAAUUGUAAUGCAUGUGUAUCCGGCGUGUAUUGUAGUGAUGAUUCAUAUUGUGGAGGACUCAUUGGAGCAUGUGAUUUAAGGAAGAAUCUUUGUGAUUGUCAAAAGGCUCAUGCAAUGCUUGGAUUCCCAGAGUAUAUUGAUGUCCUUAGUAACUUCUGCCACAAACGCAAAUGUGAUGGAAAGGUUGAAACAUGUAAUGGUUUACCGUGUUAUUCAGGUGUGUGCGUAUGCUAG